UGGUCGCCUGUUCUGCGAUUCUAUGUUGCCAGCCAAGUAAUACUCCCAGCUAAGUACCAAACGCAUGGUCUCGCUGCAAGACCAUCCCGUGUGAGUUAGUUAGACAUAAUCGUUUCCAACAAUCGCCAAACCUUUAGCCACGUGAUGGAGUGGCAGUGGGGGUGCGUUAGUUGCAAUCCGGCGGUUUUUUAGAAGCGCAGUGCAAGUGAGGACGAAAACAACGGUUGGUCUUUUCGUUCAAAGCAUUGCUUCAACACGCUGCAGGAAAGGGACUCGGCUGAAACGACGUUUGUAAGGGUCUGUACCUUUUAUGAAGGUUACCAUCGGCCGUCAAGAUGGGAAAUGCACUCCAUGCUGGUGAUGGGCUGACCAUCGCGGAGAUCUCCGCGGUCGAGUCGUAUUCUGUUGGAAUGACCUCAGAGUCGAGAACGACCACCGAUGACAACACGGCAAGUGUUGCUACGAGACAACAACUCACAGUGAGUGACGAAAGGGACAGUGGUGGUGGCCGUCUGCAUCGCAACCGCAGUGCCACUAGCAGCAAGUCGAGUAGCAGUCGAAUAGGUAUACGAGGCAAUCCAAGUAGGAACAGCCGACAUUUGCAUCAAGAUCGAUCAAGAUCAAAUGUUAGAUCACCCAAUCGAUAUGAAAGCAAGUACUUGGACGAGACGGUUGCAAGCCGACCCUCUACUCUUUAUCAUAGCAAGUAUACGGAUGGCACUGACCCUAGUCGAUCACGAUCGCCAACUCGCUAUGACAACCAGUACCUGAAUCCGUCUGAUUCCAGCAGUCACCCUCGUAAACGAUACGAUGUCGUCAAGGGAUCCCGAACGGAUGGUUCCUCUGCCUAUCAUCAUGGCUAUCGCAUGCGCAACGAUUGCCGCGAUGAGAAUGAGACUUACCAAGAUGGUGGUACGUAUGGGGGCGGUGAUGCGUAUUUGGACGGAAAUUAUCGAGGCGCUGGCACCUACCAAGAAGACAGUGGAACGUACAGAGAAUAUGAAGGGUACGAAUACCGUUAUGAUGAUUAUCAUGGUGGGCGCCGAAGCCAUUACAAUAGCCACAACAGCUACAACAAUCACAACAGCAAGAACAGCAACCAUAGCCACCGCCACUCUCGUCAACCCGCCCAUCACCAAGACUCGUCAGUCGAGAGAGGCUCUGCGAUGUCGGGGCAUGACGGCAUUGCAUCGGUGACGGAUAUUCGCCCUGCCGAGACAGAUAUGGCCUAUAAUGGAAGCGAGGAAGAAGGAGAAGAACCUCGAGAAGAAGAGUCCACUACUUCCGAACGUCGUUACGGGGCGAGUGAGAGGGAGUCCCCUUUCCACUACGGCUUGACAGAAGAAGAGAUGAGGCAAAGCAAGUUGAUGUUGGCAACAGAAAGUGAACAGGGGACAUCGUCAAGAAUCAAAAGUGUUGCGCCUUCAAUCGAGGAUCCAGAGGUUCAUCCUCUCCUCGAAGACACCGACUCUGAGUCCUUGCACGGCGACAGCUUUUCCACGCUGACAAAGACUCAAGCGACACCCAUCGAAGAUCCAGUUCCAAAUAAUCCGGCUGCGAAAAGGCAAGAGAAUGAACGCAACCUCAAGAAGAUAAAGGAAGCCGCUGUUGGUAGCUUUGAACAGAUGUCGACACCGCCACUGGACGAUUCGGAAGCAGCUGACGACGAGGAGGCUGCGGACGCACCAGCCAGCCCUGCGGACAAGAAACUAGAGGAACUCUUACAACAGCAGCAGCUACAGGAAGAAAAGCUCCAGAAACAGCUCGAACAGUUGCGUAUUCAAAAAGAGAAGCUCCAGCAACUUCAAGGAGAGAAGACGCGGAGUUCUCCACGAGAUGCCAACGAGACAUUUCAAACUCUCCAGCAGUCUGCCUCCCCACCAGACUGGUCGCUGCCGGAGAUAAAAAAGUCACCCGUCAAUUCUAAGCACUCGCGAGAUGCGAACAGCAAGAUGUCAAGCGCUGAGUCAAGCAGACACGAAAAAACGCGUAGACAACGUCUCGAAAAGGCCAGGGCAAAGGUCAUGCCUCUUUCUCCGUCUAAGCGAUCCCAAAAUAACGACGAAGAGGAGGGGAUGAGUAGCAAGAAGUCGCAAGGGAAGGAAUCAGGAAAAUUUAAGAAGUUUGUGGACCAACUGGGCUUGGAUGCACCAGCAAACCAAGAGAACGCCGCAGCGAAAGAAUUCAGAACUCUUGAGGAAAAGUAUGCGGGGCAUGCUGAAAUGCCCGUCAAAGGAGAAGAAGAAGAAUCCACAGGAACGGCGACCGGAGAGAUGGAAGGAUCGGUCCCAGAGUUCGAGGAUGUGCCGUCCCAGUGCCAAAUCCACAAAGACCGACCUGGUCCCUUCGAAGAAAACGAUUUGACGACGAUCUCAGCAAGCAUCAGAACUGAGCUAGACCACACGACGGUGUCUUCCAUCAACGAUGGCAAGAACAGAGAAAAACAAGAGGAGGAAUUGGAGGCCCUUCCCGAAGGUCUGCCAGAAGCCCUUUCUUCAAUGGACGAGGAGAUUGACUUGGACUUUGUCGCCAAGUACGACAAAGCAUUUAACGCGUUCCUGGAUAAGUAUCCUGCUCUCUUUGAUAGAAACUCGCAGCUCAUUCAGAACUUGAAAGUGGCAAAGCUUCAGAGAAUCUUGGAGGUCUCUUAUAAGACAGAAUGCGACUUGGAAACGCAGCUGGAAAGUCCGAGCGAAACAAAGACUAAUCUCGAGGCCGAGUUCCAAAGCAAGUUGAAGGAAGCUUCCCGACAGAAAGCUGAGCGAAGCAUCCAGUUGAGAGCUGAUUUGAAUCAUAACAAGAAGCAAAGCAAAAUUAUGGAGGGAACGCUGACAUGGGACAUGCUACAGCUUUCCAUCAAGCGAGCAAUUAAGCUCAACAAAAUCAAGGCAGAAAUCGAGAAGAAGGACAUUGGCAGCAAAGACGAUCUCUUGGCAGCCAUGCCAGAUGGACCAGUCAUGGACGAGCUGAAGAAGGCAAUGAGGGAACCGCCAAGCGACACCUUUGGAUCCGAGCAGAAAAGGGAGCUCCAACAAUUCCAGGUUGACAACGCGUUUUUGAGUUCCGAAGUCAAGGUCUUGAAGGAGAAGAUAGAGGCUCUGAAGGCUGAAGCUAAGAAUCAAGAGUGGGUAGAUUCGGCUUUGCUUCAAAUGGAUGCCAAGAAACUAAAGAAAUUGAAGACCCGAUACCAAAAGAAGCUCGGCGUUUCGUUUUGAAAGAAGUUAGUUUAAAAGAUAUUGAAUCCUACCGUACUACUCUACAGUAACCACGUAAUAUGCACCGGUAAUGCUACGGUCCUUUUGUGUCAUACAUGUGGUUGGCGACCUUUGUGUAGCUACUGCCAAUAGCUGCUAGCUAAAAAACAACUCUACUAAUAAGUCCAGUUGAAACGGAUUCAGAUGAGCAGUGCUUGACCCAUGAGCCAAGGCCCAGGUUCUCAGCUAAUUGCACGCUCCUUCAACAAACUACUCCACAGCGGGGGACUGCUAACCUUAGGUUGCAGCCAAUUGGCGUUUACAACUCA